AUGCCGUCUCCUACAGAGCCGUCGACUUCGCCUACGAAGAAAGCUAAGAGAGAUAGUCGCAUGAUUGAGGACUUUGACGAAGAAGAUGAGCCUCUCUCCCGCCGCAACUCCGUCAUCAGACGGGACUCGACGAUUCGCGAAAGUUUAGCUGCCGACUAUAAGCCUGAGGAUAUCUACAGCCCUGGCUCGCCUGAUUUGCUGGACCCGAAUAACCCUCACUUGUCGAUGCUUCCUAGGCCAUCACUAGAGGCUUGUGCCAUGUCCAUCCGAAGCGUCUCUCCCAUUCAGCGCGAUCUUCCUCCCAGAACAAAAACACCUUCGCCUCUUCAAGGGUUUCCGCCUUCGCCGCGAGGCACGCCUGUGCCAGUGCCAUCCUCUAUUAGAAGCACCGGUUCAUCACCAAUUCCCAAAUAUAUUCCGAUCUCUCCGGUCUCCGACAUCUACAGUGCCACUCCUGUUCCUCGAUCGACCAACGCUACCAAUUCACCCGUGUAUCACUUUACCUCGCCAGUUAGCAACCCUCCUUCUUUAAGGCAUGCUCCCUCUCAGGAUCAAUCGCUUGGAUUAAGCCGUCCCUUGACACGCCACGCAACAUUUGUACAGAAGAAGUCGUCUCUCAGCAAGCAGCAUUCAGCCCAUGACGAUGAUUCUUCGGUCGUGGAGAGUCAGCGAGGCAAAGCUGUCAAGGUUGACUACUCUGGAGCAAGCGAAAAGACAGAUCCUAGAGAAAUUGCGCUCGUAAGAAAGCUCGACUGGCGAAUUAUGCCCAUGAUUUGGAUCAUGUACUUUCUCAACUACAUUGAUCGCAACGCCAUCACCAUGGCUCGCCUCAACAACAUUGAGCGAGACUUGCGCCUUGUCGGAACUGAAUAUCAAACUUGCGUCUCAAUUCUCUUUGUUGGUUAUAUCCUUGGUCAGAUCCCCUCCAACAUGAUUAUCAACCGUGUCAAGCCACGUCAAUUCAUGGGUGUUGCAAUGAUGGCUUGGGCUGUUGUUAGUGCGAUGACAGCUCGUGCUGAGAACUACACCGGUCUCUUACUCACACGAUUCUUCCUCGGUCUUGCUGAGGCGCCCUUCUCGCCAGGUGCCAUUUACCUACUUUCAAUGUUCUAUAAGCGCAAGGAGGUUGCCACCCGCGUCGCGAUCUUAUACACUGGUAACAUCUUUGCCACUGCAUUUGCUGGUCUUAUCGCGGCAGGCGUAUUUCAUGGUCUGGAUGGCGUUGGUGGCCUCGCCGGCUGGAGAUGGCUUUUUAUUCUUGAGGGUGGUUUCACUUUCCUCGUGGCAUUUGUUGGAUUCUUUUUGCUUCCUGACCUUCCUCUCACUACCUGGUGGUUGAAUGACGACGAGCGACAGCUUGCACAUCGCCGUAUCCAAGAUGAUACUGCUGAUAACGGUGUUGAAACUGGUACCUGGACCGGUUUCAAGCAGGCUGUAACUGACCCCAUGGUCUGGCUGUUCUGCAUGAUGGGCCACUUCCACCUGGCUUCCAACGGCUUCAAGAACUUUUUCAACGAACGAACAUGGCACAUUACUUGUUCCAAAAUCGUCGCCAUUGCCGGUUUUGUUGCAGCAGCGGCCACACUGAACACUGGAGGCCGGUACGUCGCCUUGAUGCUGUUCACCAUGGGCACCUAUGGCGCCAAUAGCUUGAUCCUUGGCUGGGCUGGAAGUGUUUGCGGCCAAACCAAGGAGAAGAAGGCUGUUGCCCUUGCUAUGGUUACCACAUGGAUGAAUAUCAGUCAAAUCUGGACCCCAUACCUGUGGCCACGAAGCGACAGUCCUCGAUAUGCAUCCGCGUUGGGCACCAGUGCUGCGUUCAGUUUGAUCGCAGCUGUAUUUGCCUGGAUUGCCAAAAUGAUGCUUGUCAAGCGCAACAAGAGACUCCGCGAGGAUGGCAGGGCUACUGUUUUCUACGUUUACUAA